AUGAUUAUUGAACCAAAGUUUUACGUACCAAUUAUUCCAAUGUUACUUGUCAACGGCGCUGAAGGAAUGGGUACUGGCUGGUCCACUUCAAUUCCAACAUUUAAUCCACUUGAUCUCAUCGACGUUUUGAACACACUAUUGGAUUCACCGAAUGCACAAAAUGCUAAAAUUCCUACUCUCAAAAUGUGGGCUCGAGGUUUCAAGGGAGUGAUUGAACAAAAUGGAAAUGAUAAAUUUACAGCGAAAGGAGUCUAUGCCGUGAAACAGAAAGGAGGUAGCAUUGAAAUGGAUAUUUCUGAAUUACCCAUUGGAGAGUGGACAGAACAUUUUAAAACACAUUUAUUGAAUCUUGCUUCCAAGGAUGUGAUCAAACCAAAAUUUUCGGAACGAAACACUGAAAGUACUGUUGGUUUUACUAUCACAAUCAAUUCAUCUGAAAUUACCCCAUCUUUGUUGAAGAAAUUGAAAUUAGAAAAAUCAUUCAGUAUGACAAACAUGACUGCGUUUUCAGCCAAUCAGGAAAUAGUCCAAUAUUCAAAUAUUGAGGAAAUGAUUAAGCAAUUCUAUGUGGUCAGAAUUGAAUACUAUGAAAAAAGAAAAGCGUACCAAAUUGCUCAUCUAGAAAAACAAAGUCGAGUUCUGACAAAUAAGGUUAAAUUCUUGGAUUAUAUAACUUCUGGGGAUUCAAACCUGAAACAGUUUAUGAAAACCAAACGAGAAGAUCUUCCCUCAUUCCUUAAGACAGUUGUUGGUGUGGAAAUUGGCCAAAGUGAAAGUAUUUCAUACCUCACAGACAUGAGUUUAAUAAGUUUGACUAUGGAAAAUAAGGAAAAAUUGGCUAAACAAUUAGAGACUAUCAAAGCUGAUUUAAAUAAUGUCAAAGCGGAUACUGCAAAACAGAUGUGGAGACGUGAUUUGCAAAAAUUGAAGGAGGAGCUCAUUUCCUUAAAACAACAAUGGAUCGUUUAA